UUACUGAGAUUCUUCAAAUUCUUCGAAUGUUUUUCGAAUGUCUUUUAUAAGAAGGAAUGCAAGUGUGAGAAAUAAAAAAUUCGGAACAGUGUGAUCAAGAGUAUCCUGUCGAUCAUCCAAAAUGGCGCUGAAUGGAAACAAUGACGCUGCCGGGUGCGAGGAGAAAAGAUCUCCGGCUGAAUUAAACGGCACCGUCGAGACUUUUCCAAUAUCGAAGCUCCGCCAGGCUUUCCCACAAUUUUGCGCGGUCAGCGCGAAGAAUCUCCUGAUGAUCACUUUCGGUUCCACGCUGGGCUUCUCCACCAUCUUGAUCCCCGAAUUGCAGAAGCAAGACUCAGAAAUCCCAGUCACUAUGGAGGAACUAACGUGGAUCAGUAGCCUAAACCUGUUCUUGGUACCCAUCGGUUGCUUUGCCAGUGGACCAUUGUCACAAUGUAUAGGAAGAAAGAAGACUAUGAUGUUGACCACAGUUCCCUUCAUAAUAGCCUGGCUGAUAUUUUAUUAUUCUUCCACUGCUGGGAUGCUAUUCAUAGCUUUGGCCAUGACAGGUUUAACUGGAGGCCUCUUGGAGGCACCUGUGAUGACCUAUGUAGGUGAAGUGACGCAACCUCAUCUUAGAGGCAUGCUGUCAGCCACAUCCAGCAUGUCUGUGAUCCUAGGGAUAUUUACUCAGAUGCUGAGUGGAAAAUUGGCCAACUGGAGGACUGUGGCGUUGAUCAAUAUUGCCUAUCCACUUGUCUGUUUCCUUGCUCUCUGUAUGGUGCCUGAGAGUCCCUAUUGGCUUCUUGCAAGAGGUCGCCAGAAAGACGCAGAGCAGGCCCUUUGCUGGCUCAGAGGCUGGGUGAAUCCAUGUCAGGUGAAGCCAGAGUUUGACUCCAUCUACCAGGAGGUCUGCAAGCCAGCAGAAGCUAGAGAAAAGACCUGGAAGUCCUUUAGCAAAAGAACCUUCUACGCUCCCUUCUUGCUGGUCACGUGUGCCUUCUUUAUUGGAUCCUUUGGUGGUACCAUCACUCUUCAAACCUUCGCUGUGAUAAUCUUCGUGAGACUCCAUGCACCCAUCGAGGAGUACACAGCUGCAGUAUUCCUUGGCCUGGCUGAAUUGCUAGGAACAGUGAUCUGCGUGUUUGCCAUCCAUUUCACUGGCAAACGAUUGUUGACCUUCGUGUCUAUUGGCGGCACUGGCCUUAGCUUCGGUCUGGCGGCCAUUUAUGGUUAUUUGAAUGACAAUCACAUUGUGAACGCUGAAAGUUUAACCUGGUUGCCGACUACUUUGAUGAUUGGAGCCGCCUUCCUGUCACAUGCUGGGAUUAGGUUGCUUCCUUGGAUCUUGGCUGCUGAAGUGUUCCCUGUGAAUGUACGAAGCAGUGCUACAGGGGCUGCUGGCUCCAUAGGCUACAUUUGGAACUCCAUAGCCAACAAGGUGUUUCUCUACAUGGUGAAUGGAAUGUCUCUGGCUGGCACAUUCUUCUUCUACGCUUUAAUUAACUUAUUUGGAGGCAUUUUACUACACUUUAUACUACCAGAAACAGAGGGCAGGUCCCUGCAGGAGAUAGAGGAGCAUUAUGCUGGCGUUCAAAGCUUGAAAAAUAGGCCGAAGAAGGAAGAAUUGGUGUUUAAAGAAAAAUGGGCAGCCACCAAUCCAGCAAUGAUCUAUGAUGAUACUGAGAGCAAGCUUUGAUUGAGAAAAAAUGGACAUAGAUAAUCUGAGUGGCUUCAACAGAAGUAUGGCGGUGUUUGAAGUAUUUGAAGUUCCUUGUUAUGUUUAGAACAGUCUGUGUCUUUAGUUUCAUCAGUUGGUAACAGAAAA